GGGCGUGGCACUGGGGGCACUAAAGCACACAGCUGAUCGAAAGUUACACUACACUCGGAAAAAGAAAGAUAAGAGAAAUACCAGCGACUCAGCGGUAGUCUACCCACGAUUUUUUUGAACUGAAAGAUGGCUAAUGGACAUGUAGAAAUCCAUGACCCCAUAAAAGGCCAAAAUGGGAUCACCUGUAGCACAGAGUCUAAGAAGUCCACCUCCAGCUUAGAGAGACCUGAAGACAUGCCAGAGUUUCGGAUCCUUAUGGCCUAUGCACAGAGGCGGAGACCGCAGACAGCAAGUCAGGAAAAUCCAAGUACUCCUAAUGGUAAUAACCCCUCAAUGCAGACUGACGAGAUCACGCUUGAGAAGAAGAAAAAGAAGAAAAAGAGCAUUUGGAAACGCUUCCCCAAAGUUCUGACCUGCUUAAAACCACAGACUAAAGAGGAGAUCCCCAGUCCAGAUGACGCUGAAGAGGACACAGGCAUUGAAACAUUUAGAUGUGGAGGUGUGCAGGAAGAGGAUUUUGAAGAUGUUGCAGUUCGACUGGCAGAAAUCUCUGCUGAAAUCCCGUUUAUUCCUCCAGAAAUAGAAACUGAUUCCAACGAUGAUGAAGUGGAGAAAGUGAUUGGCCUGCUGUUGCGGGAUGCUGGAGACAGAUUGUAUGAGAGGGAACUGAAAGACACAAAUAUGACUGACCUUCUGGGAAACUAUAGCUUUUUUGAAAAAGUUAUAUUAUCGCUCCUUUUACGAAUGGGCCUCAGUACUAACACUGAAAGUCUUGGUCCAAAAGUGUCACCCAAGACACAAAUAGCUGUCACUUGUGAGGCCACCACUCGUCUGUCUGUUUUGGACACAUUGCCAAUGAAUCGGCUGCUGGGCCAUGGGGCCAGAUUCUUGAAGACUCACUUUUCGUCGUGGGCAGAGGAACAGGGUGGUUAUGAAAAAGCCUUUGACAGUCAAGAAGAUGAUGAAGUCCACUGAUGACUCCUCAUGUCCAUAUUUAAACCUGCCUUCAUCUCAGGGAACCCCAGUUCUGUAACGGCUCGAGAGAAAGUGAUAUGAACUUUUGACUCAGCCACUGGGCACACUACAUAACUUGUGUAUUUUUUUUGUAUAUUUAUGUUUACAAUUUCAUCAAACAUUAUUAGUCUACUUGAAUCAAGAGUUAUAAUUUGUAGGAACUAACAGGAAAACUAUGCAAUAAAAACAAAACAAAAAAAAAACCCAAACUUUAUUUCUCAAGAUCCUAAGGUUUAUUUAUCUUCAUUACAUUUGCACUUUUUAACUUUUCUUGUGGAAAGUUUUUUUGUCUAAUUUAAAAGGCCUAUAAAAUGUAACUUACAAAACUAUUACCAUGCCAACAAAUAAAACAUUUUCAUCAC